GUUGACGAAGAAAUUUACGCGUGCCAACAGCUGUUGCCUCUGCAGCUUUUUCAUUUGUCAUACACAUUUGUUUUGUUAUUUGUUCAAUGUGCAAUUUAUUUUACAUGUUUGUAAACUGUUUGUUAUUUUAAAGUGUGUUAUUCAAUAUAUUUAACCAGCUGUGCUGUGAUUAACAUUCCUACAAAUAUUAAAUUCAUACGCAUUUGUAUGUGUAUGUAUAUGCCUGUGAUAUCAGUGAUUUAUUAAACUUCAUCAGUCGUAAAACAAAGAUCUUAAGCGAUAACAUUGUGCUAAUUGAUUAAUGCAAUAAAUACAAAAAUACAUAUUUGAGUAUAUAUUAUAAAUAAACAACCAUAGAUUAACGCAACAUCAACGCGGCCGGUAAAACAACAAAACAAACGAACGACAAGAGCUUUAAGCGUUAAACUAAGCUCCACGCGCACACACACAAACACGCACAACGCGAGUAGAUUGUGAUCGGCGCUCUUUUCCGCUCCCCACCCACUUCUCACUUUCAUAGUGAGAGCCAAGCCCCACAGAAAUGCGAGUCGCGAGUGUCAGUCUGCUUUCGGCCUUCGCUUGCUUGCCUUCGUUAAUUCGCUCAACUGCGCCAGUAACGAGGACUGUUAAUUUUAAAAGCUUCAUUGCUGUUGUUUCACCACGAUUGCUGCAUAGUCAACAAGCUGCAAUGAGUCUGCCGGAACGGAAACCAUUUACUCCGGAUUUCUUCUUUCGACAACUGUUCGAUGGGGAGAGCAGCACCUACAGUUAUCUGCUGGCGGACAUAAAAAGUGGAGACGCUGUCAUCAUAGAUCCUGUUCUGGAGCAGGCAAAACGCGAUGCUCAGCUAGUAAAAGACUUGGGCUUUAAGCUGAAGUAUGCCAUUAACACACACAUGCACGCAGACCACAUUACGGGCAGUGGUUGGCUAAAACAGCUAACGGGUUGUCAGUCAGUUAUCGCCGCGGCUAGUGGUGCCAAGGCGGAUCGUCAUAUCAAAGAAGGUGAUCGCAUUGAAUUCGGACGUCACUGGAUCGAUGCGUUGGCCACACCUGGACACACCAAUGGUUGCAUGAGUUACGUUAUCAGUGAACAGGGUUGCAUCUUCACCGGAGAUACAGUUCUGAUUCGCGGCUGUGGACGCACCGAUUUCCAAGAGGGCAGCUCAAAGAGUCUCUACGAGAAUGUACACUCCAAGAUCUUUAGUUUGCCGGAAAACUAUCGCAUCUAUCCGGCCCACGACUAUAAAGGUCAACUGGAGAGCAGUGUCUGGGAGGAGAAGCGCUACAAUCCGCGACUGACAAAGAGCCUUGAUGAAUUCAUUCAGAUUAUGGACAACUUGAAUUUGCCCUAUCCAAAGAAAAUCGAUGCCUCGCUGCCUGCCAAUCGCGAGUGUGGAGUGUACGAUAUUCCCAAGGAGUAACCUCUGCAAGAUACAUCAGAAAUGUAUUACAUUAAAGGAGGUUCAACUUUCUAAAGGGACAUGGAAAUCAACAACUAGGCUCAAAUUUCAUCUUGGAUGGCAUAUAAUCUAUGUCUUACAUCAUUAUGAAAUCAAUAAUUAUAUUAAAACUAUUGCUAUGCAAAGCUUUAUAAACGAAAUAAAUAAAAUAUA